AUGAAGCAGACAAGAGUUCUAGCGAUCGCCUUGACAUUCCUCGUGUUUUGCCUCCACACGCUGCAUUCGCUUCCAUACCCCUACGAGUCAAAUGACGGUCUCAGAAUCCACACUGUAGAAGGGCGCUUCAUAGCAGUCGAGAACGAGCAGGCGUUGAACAACUCGUUGAGAGCUCCUCAAGCAUCUUCUACCUCAGAAGCUGAUCUCUCCGAAUUCCUCAAGUUCGUCCUGAGCGAGUUGAACCCCUGCAUUGAAGGGAAGCAUGCAUGCGACCCUCAUGCUUCAUGUAUCCCGUUGGUGAAGGACGCGGCUCAAAGAGCGCUGGAGUACAUCUGCACCUGCAAGGCUGGAUGGAGUGGAAACGGGUUCUACUGUGAAAACAUCAACGAAUGCCAAGUUCAUGGUUCAGAUGUAAAUCCGCUGUGUGAGAGUGGCAUGUACUGCAAGGAUACCAUGGGAUCCUUCGAAUGUCUGAACAAUCAUGGAUUCGAUGGAAUGGAUAAGGGAACCAUCCCUGUGGACGUUGACGAGUGCAUGCAAGGCUCCCACAACUGUCAUGAACAUGCGCAAUGUCACAACGUGCCAGGAAGCUUCACAUGCACGUGCUCUUUGGGCUACAAUGGAAACGGGACCACCUGCUGGAACAUGUGCCAUGAAGCAGCUCCGGCUCAGCGCAUAAACUGCUUUCAGGACGACACGCCCAGUGAGGAGACGUGCGUACAUAGAGGCUGCUGUUGGAACCCGUCAGCGGAUAUGCCCAACACUCCCUGCUACUACCCACUUCCUGCGAACUUCUACCGAUUGGUGUCAUGGACAGAGACGAGCUCUGGCGUACUUGCGGUGCUCGAUUGUGAUGGCGAGAUGCGAUACGGAGAUGGCCGAGGAGGAGGGGGCACCAGGCCGUUCCAUAUCGGACCGUUCGGGUCAGAGAUUUGCCCCCUCCACCUCUACGUAUCCUUUGAGUCAGAAGAUCAUCUGCAGAUCAGAAUCUUUGAUGCCUCGAAGCCUCAAUCUAUGAUCCCUCCUUACUUCUUCCCCGACCGGAGGACGAAGGAGCACAAGGCUGAGGACAGGAAGUACUCAGUGAAGUACAUUGGUUACCCGUUCGGACUGAUCGUCCAACGUGAACCGGACGGACUUGUGCUAUUCAACUCGACGCCAGUCCCGGGCCGGAUGAACGGGUUGAGCUUCGAGCCUCAGUUCAUCUCUCUGUCAACGCAGCUGGAGGAAGGAACCAUCUUCGAUGGGCUGGGGCCAGCCUCCUCCACUCCCUAUGAGUCAAAGGAGAGUCUGAAGACUUACCUGGUCUGGCCAAGCACUUCGAACCAGAGCACAUCCAGUCCUUUCCUCUUGUCAUUGUCGAAAGAGCAGGAGGCGAAGUUCGGGCUGCUGAUGUCCAACCCACAUGCCAUGGAGGUGCUGUUUGCGCGAGACUCUCUCACGUUCCGCAUGAUCGGCGGGGAGAUCGACUUGAGGAUCUUCGUUGGAGGAGGGAGCAAGACUAUCGUCAAACGUCUUACAGACGUGGUGGGGAAGCUGGAGGAUCUUCCGCCUUUGUGGUCGUUGGGGAUGCUAGUCAAGCUGAACAGCACCACAAGCUCGGACAACGUUGGACAAGAGGCGGAAAAUCUUAUGGAAAUGCUCGACAACCAAGAUAUCCCUUACGAUGGGAUUGUGGUGGAUGUACGAGAUUUCUCGGACUACAGUGAGAACGAGUUGUACUCGAAGAAUCUAGGUAGAUCGGACAAGAACUUUGCAAGGAAGGUAUCGGAUAUGAGCGUACAUGUACGAGGCCGAGGGAAGAAGCUGAUAACUGCAGUCUAUCCCUCAUCGCUCACCCUCGAAGAUGCAAUCAUACGGGACAAGUUCAACAAGCCCGUCAGAGGCAAGAUGAAAGGAGAAGACGUUUUCUACUUGGACUUCUUCAAUCCGAACAUCACGCGAACGUGGGGUGACAGGCUUGAAAGACUUUCCAAGAUCAUCGAGUUUGAUGGGAUCAUGCUCGAGUCCUUCCAGCCAGAAAAUGAAUGCAAUGGGAUAUGUUUGGAAACUUGCGAUAGAUUGAACAAGUUCGACUCGACGGAGAAAGCCACAUGCUCUCGCAGCUUUCAGACAGAAAGGAGAAGAGAUCACUACAGUCUCCACAAUCUCUACGAGAUGUCAGCAGCGUUCGUGUCAUAUCAAGUUCUGUCGGAUCUCCUUCCUUCCCGCCCCCUCAUACUUUCACGAUCGGACGCCCCUGGCAUCGGCCAGUGGGCUACAGUGAUGGAUGACAUGAAGUCUCAAGAUUUCUCGUCUACUCUCUCUCGCCUGGUCAGCUCAGCGAUCAGUUUGACGAGCUACAUCUACACCUGCGUGUACUUCUCGCACACUACGGGCGUUCCAGUGAUUCGGCCGUUGCACAUGGAGUUUUCAAUGGCAGGAGACGAAUCGAAGAAAGAAGAAGUAGCAAACAACAUCAUGUUCGUGCUCGGUUCAUCUAUCCUGGUCGUUGCAAACUUGAACAUGGAAGGUAGCAGCAUAUCAGUGCAACUUCCUUCUCAGAGGUGGUACAACCUCAACAGCGGAUUGGAAGAGAAGCGAAGUGGAGCAGGAGCAGGAGCAGGAGCAGGAGCAGAAGGGGCAGGAAAGAUCGUGCUAUCUGCUAAACUUGGGAUUUUACCGGUGGCGAUUAUGCUCUUGAAGGGAGGCUCAGUACUGUCUCUGCAGUUUCCCGCUACAAACAUGAAUGACAAGAGUGAAUCACCUUUCGUGUUUGUGUGCGCUCCGGACGAGGCAGGGAAGGGGGCUGGAGACCUUUACCUGGACGAUGGGAAGUCACAGAAGAAUGUUUUGAACGGAAGGUUCAACUUGUUGCGAUCAAACUGUUUUGUCGACGGGAAGAAUCAGUUGGGAAACUUUACAUUGCAAUCUCUUAAGAGAGACAGUGCCUCUCAACCAGGUCCAAUGAGAUCAGAGAUUCGUAAGAUUGUCAUCUUCGGCGCUUCUUUCCACCAUCCAGCGCAACUAGUUGUGAGAGUGAACGGGCAUACGAUGUCGAACAAGAGAAUCUACUACGAGGAGACAAGAAGCAUCUUACACAUAGACUUGUUUCGUGCGUCCAGUCAAGCAGGGGAGAGAGAGACCGAGGAGAGGAAAGAAGAUUUGUAUGUCAAGAAGCCAGAGGAGAGGGGGAGGGAGGGGAAAGAGGAGGAGAGGGGAAGGCAGGGAGACAGAAGGGUUGAUACGAUUGCUCCUUGGGAUUGGAUGGAGCCAAGGGAGGAGAAGGGAAAGGCCGGGAUGCAAGGAGAGGAGGGAGAAGGCAAGCUCGACGUUCUGAAUGAUCUCCAUGUAGAUUGGAGGAUAGAGAUGUGA